AUGUCUAAAUCGGACGUCAUCCAAGCCGAUGCUCGACGCUUCCUGGACGAGCGUGGGUCGGGCGGUCCCCUGGCCCCCAACGGCCUGAACCCGGCGACUAUAAUGGAAAAGGCCGUCAAGGAGCGCAUAGUAGACUCCUACUUCUACAAGGAGCAGUGCUUCGCGGUCAACGAGGCCGACAUAGUGGACAGGGUGGUGGAGCACGUGCGCUUCAUCGGCGGCACGCACGGCGCCUCGCAGAAGCCCAGCCCGUUCCUGUGCCUAGCCUUCAAGCUGCUCGAGCUGGCGCCCAGCGACGCCAUCCUGACCGCCUACCUCAGCCACGGGGGCGAGCACUUCAAGUACCUGCGUGCCCUGGCCUGCUUCUACAUUCGGCUGACCAGGCAGGCGCGCGACGUCUACCUCACUCUCGAGCCCUUCCUCGAGGACCGUAGGAAGCUGCGCAAGCGGAACCGGAACGGCACCUCGCUCACCUACAUGGACGAGUUCGUCGACGAGCUUCUCACGAAGGACCGCGUGUGCGCCACCAGCCUCUGGAAGAUGCCCAAGAGGGAGAUACUCGAGGACCUCGAGGUGCUGGAGCCGCGGGUCAGCCCGCUCGGUGACCUAGAGGAUCUGCUCCAGGAGGAGGAGGAGGAGGAGGAGGAGGAGGAGGAGGGGGAAAAUCACCAUGAUGAGCCCCAUGGAGAAGAAGGAGAGGGAGAAGAAGAGUCGAGACAUGGUGAUAAAAUCAAAUCCGAGUACAAUGACGACAACGACGAAGACGACGACCACCACCACUACCACCACCGACGCACGCCACCCGAGCCAUGA